AGCGUCACGUCAGGAAAUUGAGCGCAGGCAUGAGCUUCGUACGCAGCUUCCUCGCCGUGCUGGUCGCCGCAGCUUGCGCGCUGCAGCUCACACACUCGCAGAUACAUUGGAACCGAGGAUGGGGAGCAGGCGGCUCUUUAGGGAAGCGAUCAGAUUCGCUGUCAGCGCUUCAAUUCUUCCCCCAACGCUGGUCGCAUCCGUUGCCUUCUCUAUUGGGUAACAGCAUCGUGGGUGCGGGCGCUGCAGGGCACUUGAGUAAUGUCGCGCCUGAGCGCGUCAAGCAUCUAGAAAAAUUAGCUGACGGCAUCUCUUACAACAUAAACCGGCGGACAGGCUCAGCUACCGCAGGAGAAAGCGAUUCCCUACUGAGUUUGCAGACAGAACCGAAUGAAGAAACUGAACAAGGCUCAGCUAAACUAGAAGCCAGGGCCACAAGAGUGAACGGUGCGCUCCGUAGAGACGAGGCGGCAGUGGACGUGGCCUCUGGUCUUGUGGACGGCGACAUUAGCGAUGCUAGUCAGGGACAAUGUGGGACAGACGCUGAGGCCCUCGCUGCUCUCAUGACUCAGCUCAUACAGGAUGAAGCAUCGCGUGUAGUGGACUGCCGUGCAAGGGAGAGGCGACGAGCUACUCAACAGCAGACCAACUCUGACGAGUGAAAAGACCUGCUUCUGCUUUGCCUUGCCUGCUUCUGGGUCGUCUUUCUGUCUUUCUAGGUGCUGCAUCUAAAUCAAGCUACGAGAGUUGACAGGGUCACGUCUCCGAGUGGUUCAUCAACAACCCCUUCUUAGACGACACCUUAGAUGAAGUAUAUACGUACAGUUUUAAUGUCUUGAGCCAAAUUGUUCAUCGAUCGAACGAAAAUUCGCAGUAGAUGUCCUCUCCAAUUCAGCAAGCUGAACAAUGCAUUUAAAUUUUUGUUCAACGAAAACAAAAUAAUAAGCUCUCUGGGAUAAAAAUAAGCUCUCUGGGAUAAAUUGCGACGAGUUGAAUUGUAGUAAAUUCAAAUCGAUCCUAUUUGGCUAUUGUGUUCAAUUGAAUUAAAAUGAAAGCUGAUAUUUAUGUAUCUAAAAUAGUUACGAUUUAAUAAACUCAGCUCUCUAACAAUCGAAUUUUAUUUUAACGCGUCAUCAAAAUGUAUGAGCUGAAUCAAUGCUUUGGCUUUUCAAACCUAUGAAUAUCAUCAAAAUAUUUUUCGUAAAAGGAACUACCAGAUGACACUUUCUCAGCUCACAAACUGAUAAAUUACGAUAAAUUCGGGAAUUUCACAUACAUCUCUACUCUUUCAUUACAAAUGAACCACUGAACAUCAGUUCGUGGCGUUAAUGCAAUAGAUCCUCAUUGUACAAAAUCCUCGAUAAUCCAAAUCCUGAGCUCCUCCUGCCCCUGGGCCCUGACCGAGUUGAAGGACUUUUAUAACGCCUCGACUCCCGACGAGUCACUGCCGGCGCAGGCUGAAGUCUUAAUAUACAGCAUCUCUUACUCACUCGCCGCACUAUGUGGCAAACCUUUAUUGGGAGACGCACUCUUCCAUAAUUCAUUAGCAUUCUUUUACAGAGUAACAAAGUUACGAGAGCGAGCGUUCCCUCAAACAAGCAGUCAGUCAUUCUGCAGCUUAACACGUUGAUUCCGACUGCUUUAUCUUGUACUAUUAUUUCAUUUUUUGUUCUAUUAUGAAACAGG